AUGCUCUCUGCCACCCCCGACAUCGAGGACCUUUCGAUGUGGACCAACCAGCUACUGGCGGACCUCGACCGGGUCACCGCCUCGAUCCCCACCACGGAGGACCAUCCGGCAAUUGACUCCCGCCUCGCUCACCUGUUAGCUGCUCGCACGGGCCUCACCAACCAUUGGCAGAAGCAACGUCACAACUGUCGCCUACGCCGCCGCAUCGCGUGCCUCGAUCGCGAGAUCGAGCAUCACACUACUCUGCUCGCCCGCCAACAGUGGGAGCAGUUUUGCACAGGGCUCUCCGGUCAGUUGGGCUGCAAACAAUCCUGGCAUCUUCUCCGCCACCUCCUCGACCCUGCUUCCACCAAGUCGGUCGCUCGGAAGCAAUUACAACGCGUUGUCCAGGCCUACCCCGGCGACACUCCGUCGCUGAAGGCAGACCUGGCCGCCAAUUACCUCCAGCUGCCACCCCCCGGCACCUCUUCUCCCCCUCUCACGUCCUACUCCGGGGCCCCCAACCCCGAACUGGACGCCGAUAUCACGGAAGCUGAAGUCUACGCGGCGCUUCACAAGCUCUGCACCACCUCCGCCCCCGGUCCAGAUCACAUUCCCAACAAACUCCUCCGAAAUCUUGACGCCCCUUCACUCGUUGCCCUCACUUCGUUCCUCAAUGAGUGCUGGCGCUCUGGCAACCUCCCCCAGUCGUGGAAACACGCUCGAGUGGCUUUCAUCCCCAAGCCGGGCAAGAAACUCACAAUCGAGAAUCUCCGGCCCAUCUCACUCACUUCGUGCGUCGGCAAGCUUAUGGAACAUGUCGUCCUAGCUCGCUUGUAA